CCGGCUGGGCAUCUAAGGCCCAGCUCCAAGACAGAGGGUGGUCUCUAGAAAAGCUAUAGCUGAUGAUAAAAGACUGGCUCUGAGUAAUAGAGUUGGUGUAGAAGAGGUAAGCAUGCUUGGAGAUGAUGGGGUAGUUACUUAUUUCAAUAAUCCCCAAAUCCAAGCUUCCCUUUCUGCUAACACUUUUACAACUAUCGGUCCUGCAGAAGCCAAACCAUUCACAGGAAAGGUUCCUGAGAUAUGUCAGCUUGGUGCUGACAGCUUAACAAGCUUUCGGAAGUUAGCAGAACAGUUCCCUGGGCGAGUGUUGGAUAGCAAAGCCCCCAAACCAGAAGACAUUGAAGAGGAUGAUGAUGAUGUUCCACAUCUUGUAGAAAAUGUUGAUGAGGCAUCAAACAAUGAAGCUAACUAAAAUCUGUUCCGGUUUUUGGAAGCUGGCAUGGACUAGACUUAACAAAUCAGCUCUGUGGCUCCAAAGUUUUACCGACACAAAAAGCAUCAACUGUUACUACUUCAGUAAUACAAAUAUUUUGUAUAUUAACAAUGCUGUUUGUUCAGCGUUUCCAUCAUUUGAUUUUGCACUUCCUCCUAGUAUCUUUUCUUUUGGUCAGAAUAAGAAGUAUUGGUGCACUUUGAGGGUGUUUUGAUUUUUGAUUCUUGGGUUGUUGUUUUUUGUUUGGGGUAUUUUUGGUGUGCAUUUGUAUAUGUUUUUGUAUGUGUGUGGGUAUGUGCGUACACACUGGAGAGCAAAUUGGAAAACAGUUCUAUUUAUCCUCCUCUUUUCCCCAGUAGAAAUAAAACACAUCUUUACAUUAAAAAUAAAAUUUGGGCAUUGACCUCUUUCCCCAUCAAAUUAAGUUUCUGUUUUAGUGGGAUGGGAUAUAAAUAUAAAUUUACUGUUUCAAGUAAUUAUUUUAUAUUACUGUCCUCACCUUUACACAGUGUCAUUAUUACCACCACCCCAUUCCUCAUUCCCUCUGUAGGUUAAAAAUUUUUUCACACAUGAAGUGGUAAAACACUUCAGUGCAACUUUGAGUAUAUAACGUGUUUUUUUAAAAAUUAUUUCAGAGAGAGAGAGAGAAACAUCAAUGAUGAGAGGGAAUCACUGAUCAGCUGCCUCCUGCUCACUGAGGAUGCCCUUCUGUUUCAUAGGUUGGCCAGGCAGUAAAUGACGUUUUUGUUUUUUAAAAAUAUUUUUUUAUUUAUUUCCGAGAGGGAGAGAUAGAAACGUCAAUGAUGAGAGAAACCCAAGCAUGUGCUCUUGUCUGGAACUGAACCUGGGACCUUUCAGCCUGCAGGCUGAUGCUCUAUCCGCUGACUCAAACCAGCUCACAGAGAGCUUUUCUUUUUUGAGAAACAGUUUGCCGUAGUAAUACAUAUAAGUGCUGUGUAAGGGAAUUUUGAUUUUUUGCCCCUUAAUAUGAAUUUUCCUAGUUUUAUCUCGGGAAAUGUCCUGUUCUUUACAUUGAUCCUGGUAUU